CGGUAUGGCUCUAAGCAGGACUAUAACUUGUAAGGUUGCGAAGGUAGAAAUAUGAAAAUGGCAAAGGUAAUCCAAUGGUCAAUUGUUACACUGUUAUUCUUGGUUGGCAUAGAAACAAGACCGUCUCGACUUCGUCGCACUGUUUGCUAUCCUCCUAGCGCAUCUGAAUACCGCCGGAUAGAGAGAUCCUACCGAGGAAACGAAUACCGGUCUCGUAUCCAUGACAGUUUUGGAAUGAUUGAACCUAUCCGUACAUUGACAACAAUACCCGAGGAAUAUAUAGACAAAAAAUAUCUCCGCAUCGAAGGUGACUCCACCUGUCCCGAUCUAAUUUCGAGCAACGCACCUCUAUGUCCAUCCUAUUUCGUCAUGGAGUACGACCAGUUCCGGAUUCCGGAUACCAUGGUUCAAGCGGAGUGUCGCUGUAGUAAUUGUCAGGAACAGACAUCCGAAAGUGGAUAUAUACGAGAGUGUAAAAAGAUAAACUACUACACACGCGUGUUUCGUGUUGUGGGGUGUUCAGAGAAUAACGUUUACAGGUAUGAAGAGGUCUGGGAACCAAUCAGUGUUGGAUGUCACUGUGUCCGUUCUACAUCCAUCCGACAAAACCAGGAUACGUACACAGGGUCAGACGGACGUGUAGCAAACCCGUGAAUAAUCUAUGGAGAAAGAACACCACACAAAAUACACAAGAAGUGUCCUUGUUAAUAGACAAUUCACACAAAAUACUGGUAUAGAAGGUUACAAUAAAUGGGUCAGCCUGUUAAGGUAAAGGACAUGCCUAUAUUGACUGUGAUUGUGGAUCCUGAACUAUGAGACCUGAUGACCAUAAAGCAAAACUUUGAAACGUCGGAACUAGAAAAAAUAUGGUCAAAUCAGGUAAAAAUUGCAUUUAAAUAUAUAUUGGAGAUCAAUAGAAAGAGAAGAGGAAAGAGUGGAAUUAUUGAAGUCCUCUGUAAUAGUGAUACAAAGGUGUGAUUAUGGAAGAGCAACUGGAAUGGAAUCCGAAUGAGGAUUAGUUGGUUUUAAUUGGGGAAAGCUCACAGAAGUUGAAUUUAAGUAAGAGAAUGACGUAACUACUUCAUAACAUGGACCUACCAUAUGAUAGGUAACUGACAAACUGUAACCAGAUCUCCCCGAUGUACCAUGUUCUUUCCAGUAAACCACAUACCUCUCUUCAUCUGCAUUCAACUUUUAAACAUAACUCAUAUUCACAUACAUGUAUUCCCUAUCACACAAUAUAAAUGGCGUCAUUCUGACUUCAUAUAUUCUAUUAAAAAACGACUUUUUUCUUUACAUACUUUCACAAUAUUAAUGGCGUUAUUUUGUCUACGUAUAUUCUAAUUUAAAAACGACUUCAUACAAUAGAAAUGAACGUUAUUCUGACAUAAUGCUGUUCUUUAAUAUGAAUAUUGAUGUUAGUGAUUAUGCGUUUAUUCGACUCGUUACGAUGUUUAUGUGAUAUUGAGCAAUAUGCUGUGCUGAUGGCUGGGUGGUGGUGAAUCUAGUCGUUAUAUACUGGUCUAGUCUGUGUACAGCUGAUAUAGGAAUAUUAUGUUCAUCUUUAUUUAUUACAUCAUCAUAUCAUGUAUUUCCCGUAUUUCAGAUACAACUUUUCAUUGACAGCUGAUGUGAUAAUAUGUUGUGUGUUCAAAGUAAUAUUUCUAAACUAAUAUAUUCAUAAUGAUUCAUUCAGCAUAAAAUGUAUACAUAUUCGUUGUUCAGUCCUUAUAACUACCAAUUCAAGAUGGUUUGAUGAUAGCAUGACACUAAAUGUGCUUAGUUACAAGUGGAAUGGGUUUUUCAUUCAUACUGUUAAAAUAAUCGAGGAUCAAUCAUGGCAUGACAUCGAAUUCUAAUUUUAAAUCCUCCCGCAAAAGUACUUGUUCCACCAUUUAGUAAAUCGUUUAAUUAAAGCUUAUCACGAAACAGAAGAAAUUCUAGAAAAAUGAUAAAAUAAAAUUAUUUAAGAUAUUUAAAAGUAGACUCAUCAUGGAAUAUGUUUGCGAGCGAAGUUCGUAUCAUUAUAGUGCUAAGCAUUUCUAUAAUCAACGUAUGCAUUUCAUUACUUAACUAUGACAUAAAUACCAUCCCACUAGUAAUGCCCUACACUGUGUUAAUUUGUUACCGUAUAACUGUGAUGUAACACCUUUAUACACGCGGACCUCGUUUUUUGUUUCAUACAGAUGUCGUUGUUAUUGACUUGUUCU